ACCACCAAGGACGUUUGUCAGAGCUUGGAAAAAGCAGAGCUGAGCAGCUGAGCCUCUCAGCAUCUCCUACUCCAGUCACCAAAAUGGAAGAAAAUGCCAACGCCAGCUUUGAAGAAGAUUUCGAAGGACAGGCGACACACACAGGGCCCAAAGGCGUGAUCAAUGACUGGAGGAAGUUUAAACUAGAAAGCAAAGACCUAGACUCCUUACCCUUGAGCAAGAAAGAAAUUUUGAGACAAAUGUCUUCACCCCACAGAUCUUUCAGUAAAGAUGAUAAGGACACCCGAGAGAGAUUCUGUCGUAAGAUGAGCAUGCAGGAGUAUGAAUUAAUUCACGAUGAGCAAGAAGACGAAAGCUGCCUACAAAACUACCGCAAACGCUGCAUGCAGGAUAUGCACCAGCGGCUGAGUUUUGGGCCAAAAUAUGGUUAUCUGUGCGAGCUGCAAAACGGGGAACAGUUCCUGGAGGCCAUCGAGAAAGAACGUAAAACUACCACUGUCAUCGUCCACAUUUAUGAAGAUGGCAUCAAGGGCUGCGAUGCUCUCAACAACAGCUUGACCUGUCUGGCGGCUGAGUAUACCACUGUGAAGUUCUGCAAGAUUAAGGCCUCCAACACGGGGGCUGGAGACCGCUUCUCAAACGACGUGCUUCCCACCCUACUUGUCUAUAAGGGUGGGGAGCUCCUGAGCAACUUCAUAAGCAUUUCUGAACAGUUCAAUGAGGAGUUUUUUGCUGUGGAUGUGGAGUCUUUCCUAAAUGAGUAUGGGCUGCUACCUGAAAGGGAGCUUCCAGCACUGGGAAAUGGCAACACAGAUGAGCAAGAUGUUGAAUAACUGGAGAGCCAUAGUCCUCACAGUCUCCCUUUCCUCUUCAGAAUGUUGUAAAUCCACUUCAGUAACACCCAUCUCAUUUAGAGAAGGCUGUCUUUGCUAACUUAUUUGUAAGAUGCACAUACAUAAACAUUGUUUAACUGUUAGUAAGUGAAUUUUACUUAAAACACAGACAACUGGCAGUCCUGUACAUCACUUUUGCUAUGCCACUCACAAGUAAUAGGAAGAACAGGAGAUACUAUUGGCAAUCUCUAAGAAACUAAGGACAAAAAGAAACUAAAAACUGAGGGCCUGUCCGUGCCUCCAUUAAGCACGAGAACAACUUAAUUUCAACAGGAACAGGACUGAUCCAUCCCAUACAAAAAAAGCCGUCUCCAUGCUCUGGAAUUACGGCAAGUCCUGGCUCCUCAGAUUCACUUGUACCAACUUCAGUAGAAAGAAGACUUCACCCAGAAGUUUUAAGGACAAACAAAUAUCCCAAAGUCCUUGCGCUCCAAGAUAGCUCAGGUAUCUAGGACAUUAUUUUCCACUUCUGCAUUCAACUUCCGAUACUCAUGAGGACACAGGAGUUAGCUCAGUGCUUCUGUAAGUUUGCCACCCAGACAGCUUGCACAGAUUUAUCAGUUAAUUGCAGUUCCUUGUUGCUCCAUAUUUUGACCAGUAAUGUUUAAAAUGUCUGUGAGUUACUGAAAAAGUAUAUUGUGCUAAUGUAGUAACUCUGAAUAAAGCCGC